GUCAACAAUUUUUGUUGGCACUACGAUUAAAGUAAGUACAGUGAUUGCAUAUUUUAAUGGGAACUGAAAAAAUCAAGAGGCACAGAACUGAAGACAAAUAGAUAGAAAGAUGAGUGGUGGUGAAAGCGAAGAGGGGCGGACGCUAGAGUUGACGCCGACAUGGGUGGUCGCGGCGGUGUGCACGGUGAUCGUCGCCCUUUCUCUUGCCGCCGAGCGCUUCCUCCACUACGGCGGCAAGUACCUGAAGAAGAAGAACCAGACAUCGCUCUACGAAGCGUUGCAGAAAAUCAAGGAGGAGCUUAUGCUUCUGGGGUUCAUCUCUCUGCUCCUCACCGUCUUCCAGAACCCCAUCUCCAAGUUCUGCGUCUCGGAGGACGUGAUGGCGCAUCUCUUGCCGUGCAAACUCCCCGCCGAGGCUGAGGAGGCAGAACCCACCUCCCAUUUGGGCGGAAUGCGGCGGCUCUUCGCGGAGGAGGGGUCGUUGCAGAUCGGGUACUGCGCCAAAAAACACAAGGUGCCGUUGCUGUCGCUCGAAGCUCUGCACCAUCUGCACAUCUUCAUCUUCGUCCUCGCCAUCGUCCACGUCACCUUCUGCGUUUUGACUGUGGUUUUCGGAGGGAUUCAGAUUCGCCGAUGGAAAGUGUGGGAGGAUGCGAUCGCGAAGGAGAAUUACGACGCGGAGCAACUUCUCAAGAAGAAAAAAGUUAAAAAAGUUACCCAUGUCCACCAGCACGCGUUUAUCCGUGACCAUUUUCUGGGCAUGGGUAAAAAUUCGGUCUUUCUCGGUUGGUUUCAUUCGUUCAUCAAGCAGUUUUACGCAUCCGUGACUAAAUCCGAUUACAUCACGCUUCGGCUCGGAUUCAUCAACACGCAUUGCAGGGGAAACCCCAAAUUCAAUUUCCACAAGUACAUGAUGCGGUCUUUGGAGGACGAUUUCAAGAAAGUUGUUGGCAUCAGUUGGUAUCUGUGGAUCUUUGUGGUGAUCUUCCUGCUGAUGAACAUCAACGGCUGGCACACUUACUUCUGGAUCGCUUUCGUCCCCUUCUUGCUUCUGCUCGCCGUGGGGACGAAGCUCGAGCACAUCAUCACCCAAUUGGCACACGAAGUUGCAGAGAAACAUAUAGCAGUCGAAGGGGACCUCGUUGUGCAGCCGUCAGACGAUCAUUUCUGGUUCGGAAAACCCAGACUAGUUCUGUUCUUGAUCCAUUUUAUACUGUUCCAGAACGCUUUCGAAAUCGCCUUCUUUUUCUGGAUUUGGCUUCAGUACGGGUUCGAUUCCUGCAUCAUGGGGCAAGUGAAGUACAUUGUGCCGAGGCUGAUCAUCGGGGUGUUCAUACAGGUGCUCUGCAGCUACAGCACGCUGCCGCUUUACGCCAUUGUUACGCAGAUGGGGACUCAUUUCAAGAAGGCGAUUUUCGACGACCAUGUGCAGGUGGGGCUUGUGGGUUGGGCGCAGAAGGUGAAGAAGAAGAAGGCAAUGCAGGCUGCGAAUGCCAACGAUGCUUCUGAUUCUGGACAGGGAAGUUCCCAUGAGGGUUCUGCAGCUGGUUCUGUGGGAAUUCAGAUGGCCAAGUUUAUGAACAAGGCAACUAAGAAGGAGGAGAGAGUAACUGAAGAUAAUUAAAUUAAGUUAUAUAUUUUUCUUUAUUUUUUUUAGAAUUAAUUGAAGUUAUAGCAAACAGAAGUUUGGAUCUUGGAUGUUUAGCUUGUCUUGUUUCUUGCUUGAGUUUCUAAUUUAAGGUUGUGUGUGGACUGGAUUGCAAUAUUAUAACACGCCUAUUUUAUCGCC